UCCAGUAGGAUUCGUAAUUUCGCCCCUUGAAAAUUGACACAACAAAACUAAAGGUUUUCGAUACCGUUGCUCAAGUUAUACCGACACAACUACGCUUGAACGCAGAAAACAUCUCACGAUGGGGACCUCAGUUGGAUAUGCGUUCAGAAAACUUUUUGUGUAUUUAUCAGCUGUGGCCAUGAUCUGCUUUGCGCUCGUGCAGAUGUUCCUGUUGAAAAUCUUAUCAAUCAUAUCACCAGGCCUGACAAAGAAAAUCAUCCUUAAACUUGGAGAGAAAUCGACGAUGACCCAAAAUCCCAAAUUCAAAUACGAAGACUGGGGUCCGACUUUCUUGUCUUUGGCGUUCAUUAAAACAGUGUUCUCCGUAAACUGGUGCUCGCUGGGCCUGGAUGCGUUUGAGGGACAUGCAGCUCCAGACACAGCUGUUAUUACCAUGGAUGGACAGAAAACGAGUAUUUAUCGUUUUCUUAAAGGUAACCGUCCACUUGUUCUGAGUUUUGGAAGCUGCACAUGACCCCCAUUUCUCUUCAAACUUGAUGAGUUCAAACAACUUGUCAAGGACUUCAGUGACGUGGCAGAUUUCCUUGUUGUUUAUAUUGCUGAGGCACAUGCGACUGAUGGUUGGGCCUUUGUAAACAAUGUAGACAUCAGUGUGCAUAACAGCUUGGAGGAAAGACUGGCUGCAGCCCAGGUCCUAGUCAAAGAAGACCCCCUCUGUCCUGUUGUAGUGGACGAGAUGACCAACAUCACUGCCAGCAAGUACGGUGCCCUUCCUGAGCGACUCUAUGUCCUUCAGGGUGGGAACAUUAUCUAUCAAGGUGGCAUUGGACCUUGGGGGUACAGUCCUGCAGCUAUUCGCAAAGUUCUGGAGAAAAUUAAAUAAGCAAAAGAGGAGGGUGUGCGAAAAAUGGGGAAAGAAUAAAAAUGGAAAGAAAAAAAUUCCAAGAUAUAAUUAUGAUAGUUAUGGCCAUGAUUGCAUUUACAGGUUUGUACUGAUUUCUUGAAUGUGUAUAGUGCCCAAACUAAUUCUCUGAAUCUCUGUGUUUGUUUGUGAAGGCUACAGAUGAAACCAGCUGGUCUCUGUAACUUAAUGUUUAAAACAAGGAGGAAUGUGAAAUAAGCAGGGCCUAGGACAUCAUCAUUAGUGAAUGUCUGUUGUCGCUGAUAUAUAUUUGAUACAAAACCUAAUCUGUCUGUAUACCAAAGUGUUUUAUAUAUUUUUUUUGUCUCAAUGCAAAUACAUGAUUUUCAUUCCAGCAUGUAAUUCAUUAAUCAUAUAAUGUCUCUUAUCAGAGAUUGUUUACGACAUCUGUGCUUCUCUGGUUUUGUACAGUUUAACUUGUGACUGUAAAUGACGCUUGUAGGGUAAACAUGUAACCUGCAAACUGAUAAUUCAGUCAUUAGUUCUGAGCAAGACUACGAAGUACUGAGCUCACAAAAUAUACAGAUUUUCCAACAUCUAUUUAAAUAAAGAGUUAUGUAUACAUCAA